AUGGCAGAUCAGACAGACAUUCAAACAUCUCUUCAGUUUCAUCCUUUUCCUCGGUUACCCGCCGAACUUCGCAACCAAAUCUGGUACAUUGCUUCUUCUUCUUCUUCCUCUAUUUAUACUGUGAACCACGUGGUCAUGAAGGACGACCGAAUUGUCCACGUCCGAAUUGGCUCAGUUCGUACGGAGGCCUCGCUUCUGACGGCUUGUAAAGAUAGUUGGGCUAUCUGCCGCAAUUUCAAGCCAAAGAAGACAGACAUUGUCCGAUACCGAUCAGGAAAAAAGAUAAGAGAGCACGCUGUCAACUUUCAGCUCGAUAUGUUCUAUGUGAAGGGCUUCAACGAUUCUAUCACUUGUCAAACGGCUUGCCUUGAAUUCCGGAAAAUGGUCAUUAUCUCCAACGAAUGGGAGCUCUCCGAGCUGAAACUCGACAAAUUUCCCAACCUUCAGGAGUUCUGGGUAUACACGAAACCGCCGCGGCGUGUUGCUUCAGUGCCAGCCUCAGGAUUUCGCUCCGUUUCGGAUUUCCCUGACCGGAGAGAACUCGCGAGGCACCCGCACCUGGUGUUUCGAUGGGUACGAGCCGCAGAAGACUCUCAAGAAAGCUUUCCCGAAGGAAAACUUAGGGUCUCAAAGGAGGAAGCGUUUGCUCGAAGUGCGUUGAUAUAUUACAGCAAGAGGCGUGGGGAUAUCCAUCAAAGCUCGGAUUGGAUGGAUUUGCUAGAACGUCAAAUCAUACGAGCUGUCCUCAACUCGGCGCACGAUAUCGAAAGUCUGCGUGAUGGCUUGUGGACAAAUGACGCUAUGUAG